AGCGCGCCGCUAGCGCUGUAGCUGCAAGAUGGCGGCGGGUGUGUGACUGGUUUUCCCUCAGGACCGAACAUUGUGUGCCGCUAUCUUCUCAUCGCUUGCGGGGAAUCUGAGAUUAAGUGUAGGGUUGUUGUUGUUUUUUUAAACUUUAACAGCAGAUCCUGCUUUACAGGGCCAGAGGAUGACUACGGAGGUUCUGAGGCCUGAGCCCGUUGCCGGGGGCAGCAGAGGGGCAGGGGGCAAGCUGGGCGUUCUGAUCAGUAAACUCCACGAGUUCCUGGCACUGUCCACAGAACAGGGCAGUGAACACAGCCUGCCUGGACACUGGAGUGGUGCAGUGGCCAAGGAGUUUAUUGAGCAACAACAGGCAGCUCCAAGGAACUCGACAAAGACAAUUUCCACAGCUCGAUCCAAAAGGAAGCCGUUGAUGGUGUCGAAGCGCAGUGGCCUGAACGAGUCAGAUGCUUCUUCCGAGAGCGGAGCAGAAGACGUGUUGUCCAUCAAUUCCAGCGAGCCAGACACCAGCUGCCUGCCUAAAGGUACAGUUUUUGUGCAGCCUGAGUCUGUGGGUAAUGAUGUUCGUGAUGAGUUCAGAGGCCCAGAAUUUCGCAGUAAACGCGUCUACAGGCAGAACAAAGAUGUUUCCGACAAGAGGAAAGUGGGCUCAGAUAUGGAGAGAGUGAACUGCACUGCCUGUGGUCAGCAGGUCAACCAUUUCCAGAGGGACUCUGUCUUCCAGCACCCAGCUCUGAAAGUGCUCAUCUGCAAGGCCUGCUUUAAGUACUACAUGAGUGAUGACAUCAGUAAAGAUUCAGAGGGAAUGGAUGAACAGUGCAGGUGGUGUGCGGAGGGAGGCAAUCUGAUUGGCUGUGACUACUGCAGCAACGCCUUCUGUAAGAAGUGCGUCCUGCGCAAUCUUGGCCGAAGAGAGCUGUCUGCCAUCUUGGAAGAGGAGAGGAAGUGGUACUGUUACGUGUGCAGUCCAGAGCCGCUCACGGACCUCGUCCUGGCCUGCGACUCCGUCUUCCAGAACCUCGAAAAGAUCUGGACCCCCAAGCGCCGCCCAGAAACUGGCUCUGAAAGGCCUGUGAUUGGUCGAACUGUAGGAGGCGGGACCCGGGGGAGGCAGAAGGCCGGUCGUGGGGUAAUUGGGGCAGGACCUCCCAUGGCGCCGUCUCCGGCACUGUGCGAGCGUGUGCAGCGCGUGGUUGACAUGACGACGUCGCUGAACCAGUCGUUCGUGGCUUUCAUUCAGAGCGAGAAGGAUGAAGAGGUCAAUGAGGAAGAGGAUGUGGAGAGAGCCAAGAGACUCCGGAUGUUCCAAACCAUCCUGCAGGACCUGCAGCAAGCGCACACUGCGCUCCAGGAAGCCCUGAACCGAGAGCUGGGUGGAGCCAAAGCAUCAAGCGACAUUACCGUGGAAACACACAGACCAAAGGGGAGGGGCCGGCCCCGGAAGGUUCUGGUACCAAAGGCUGCAGGGGUCACAAAGGAGCUGGUGGUGAAGCUAACGCCGGUACCACUAGCUGGAGCGCCUGUGGCUAACGCUAAUGCUAACCCCGCUGCUGUGGUGGACAAGCCGGAGACCCCGGGGGGAGGGGCCAGCGUAGAGUUCAAGAGUGAAAGGGUGGAGAUGGAGGCGGAGCAGAGGACAGAUGGGGGGAUGAAGGGAAAAGAGGAGGAGAAAGUGGACAAGAUGGAGGAAGGGGGAGGUGUGGGCCCGGAGGAGGACAGCGAUGAAGACGAGACGCUGGACGAAGGGAACAAACGAUCUCCCCGCGUGAAAACGACCCCCCGUCGACGCCGCACCAACACGCCCCCCACCGCAAAGCAUGCUGGGCUAGCGGAGGACUCGGACUCCGACGAAGUUCCCGCCGUGUUGCUGCAAACCGCCGCCGCUGGCAUGGCGACCAGCGAGGAAGAAGGCGGCCCCGAGAGUGACGGAGGCGGAGCUAAAACAAGCCGGGAAGUCAGGAAACGUUGCCUGUUUGGUCUGGUGAAAUCCACCCUGCCCUGCCAAGAGCGGAACCCGCGGAAACGGAAACAAAGGUCUUCGUCCCCCUCCUCGUCUUCCUCCUCGUCUUCCGUCGCUGGUGCCAAGGACGCAGGGUCAAAGGUCAGGAGAGCCGUAGGUCACAAGGUUGCUAAGAUGGUGUCUGCAGGCGAGAGCUCGUCCAGCGAUAUAGGGGACCAGGAGGUGGACAGUGAGCACAGCAGUGACUCUGAAGACCAGGACCAGAAGAUCCACCCACUGAGUGACGUCAUGGUGCUGGGCUCCAGAACCUUCCACCGACAGUCGUCUGGUGAGGAGCUGGAUGAGCCGUCCAUGGAGCCGCCGGUGUUGGAGGAGGAGGAUGUUGAGAAUAGAAUUGCUAAGCAGAUCCUUCUGGCCAAGAUCAGAGCCAAUCUGUCCAACUCCGACCAGGACAGCACGUCUGAGGACGACCGCUCCGUCGGUGAGGAUGAGGAGGAAGGGAAGAAGAGUGGGGAAAUGGCAGUGGAUAAAAGCAUUGCUGAAGACAGCGAGCCCACAGAUAACAGCUCAGAUUCCGACGUUCCCAUAACAUCACUGCGCCGUCACCGCCUUCUUGGGCGGGGCCUAACCCCAUGGGAGGCCAAGCCCAAAGGAGUGAUAGAGAGCCAGACGAGUGGGAGAGACAACCAGAAGCCCAAGCUGAUCAUUGUGGACAGCAACAGCUAUGACUCAGCCAGUGAGGAGUCAGCGAUGAGCGUGGAGCUCAGCCAAUCAGAGGGUGAGGAUGUCAGCCAAAAACGACUAAACUGUAAUGAGGAGAAUGACGAGGGUUCAGCUGAGAGUGUUGAACGUCACACGUCUCUGGAAAAGGGUUCUGUAGACGGUGAGGAUGUGAGUGCUGACACUCUCCGAGGUGAUGAGGAAGAUGAGGAAGACCUCACAGCUGUGUCUAAAGGCCGGAGGAAGAUCCGUAAGAUCCUGGAGGUGGAGCAGCUGGCCAAGGAGACGCAGGAGGCCCUGCGUGAGGAAGAGGAGAGGAGGAAGAGGCUGGCAGAGAGAGAGAGACAGAGAGUGGAGGAGAGCAGAGAGCGAGGGACUGACGACUCAGAGGUGAUGAUAAUUGUGGAAGGUCCCGCCCCCAGCCCCGCCCCUCUAGUUCUAGAACAGGAUGACAUCACACAUGAAUGUCUGGUGCAAGUGGACACACAGCUGCUUAGUAAACUGAAACCUCACCAACGAGAAGGGGUGAGGUUUAUGUGGGACAGCUGCUGUGAGUGUGUGGCGAAGGUGACGUCGUCUCCUGGCUCUGGCUGUAUUCUAGCACACUGCAUGGGCCUCGGAAAGACACUGCAGGUGAUAGUAUUCCUACACACAGUGUUGACUAAUGACCUUCUGAAACUGAAGUCCGCGUUGGUGGUGUGUCCCCUCAACACGGUGCUCAACUGGAGGGCUGAGUUUGACAAAUGGCAGCGUGGUCUUAGAGUCCGCAAGCUAGAGGUGUUGGAGUUGGCUACAGUGAAGUCGGUGUCGUGUCGGGUGGAGGCUCUGAGCAGGUGGCACAGAGGUGGAGGUGUGAUGAUUGUGAGCUAUGAGCUGUACCGUGUCCUCACCAAGGGCAAGCGAACCCUAGACCAGAGACACCAGGAGAUCCUACACAGCACACUGCAGCAACCUGGCCCUGACAUAGUGGUGUGUGAUGAGGGUCAUAUCCUGAGGACAGAAGGUUCUGGAAUCUUUAAAGCCAUGAGCUCAAUCCGCACACGCCGCCGAGUCGUGCUCACGGGCACGCCGCUCCAGAACAACCUCACAGAGUAUUACUGUAUGGUCAGCUUCAUUAAGGAGAAUCUGCUGGGAUCUCUGAGGGAGUUCCAGAACCGGUUCAUUAACCCAAUCCAGAACGGGCUGUGUGCCGACUCCACCCCCUCAGACGUCAGCCUGAUGAAGAAACGUGUCCACGUCCUCCAUGAAGUCCUGGCGGGAUGUGUUCAGAGGCGGGACUACUCUGCACUGACCCCCUUCCUUCCCCCUAAGCGGGAGUACGUCCUGUCAAUCAGGAUGACAUCAUUACAGUGUCAGCUAUAUAGACACUACCUCCAAAACUACACGGGGGAAGGUUAUGGGGUGAACAGGUUGUUUCAGGAUUUUCAGAUUCUCAGUCUCAUUUGGACUCAUCCAUGGUGCCUUCAGAUGGCUGACCUCAAUAAAGGGAACAAGAGCAGAGGGGACGAGCCCACCCCUGUGGUUUCCAUAGUAACAGGAGGGAGUUCUGUGAGUGGGCCAUCAGCAGGACAGACUCAACCCCUAGCUAUGCUGGGGUCAGAGGUCACAGACUUGGGGAGAAACGCACUAGGUCACACAGAUGAAGGUCGGAGUGUAUUCGGUGGACCUCCACUAGGCUGGUACAGACAGUUUGUGAGUGAUGCAGACGCGUGUGUGCUGGAACAUUCAGAGAAGUUAGUACUACUGAUGGAGAUACUGCACUGUGCUGAACAGCUACGAGAAAAAGUGUUGGUAUUCAGUCAGUCUCUAGUUUCACUGGACCUGAUUGAAACCUUCUUGGAUUUGGCUAAUAAGGCAAAGAGAGAUGGAAAGAAAUCUCUGUAUAAAGGAACAAUGUCUUGGGUGCGAGAUAAAGACUACUAUCGCUUGGAUGGUUCUACCAGUGCAACUGCACGCAAGAAAUGGGCUCAGGAAUUCAACAACUUCAGAAACACACGGGGCAGGCUGUUCCUCAUCUCCACCAGGGCAGGCUCUCUGGGUAUUAACCUGGUUGCUGCUAACAGGGUUGUAGUGUUUGAUGCUUCCUGGAACCCCACCUAUGAUGUUCAGAGCAUCUUUAGGGUGUAUCGCUUUGGACAGAGGAAAACCGUCUACGUUUACCGCUUCCUAGCCCAGGGGACCAUGGAACAGAAGAUUUACGAGCGUCAGGUUGCUAAGCAAUCUUUAUCGUCCCGUGUUGUCGACCACCAACAAAUCCAGAGACACUUUACACACAGUCAACUGAGUAAGCUGUACCGAUUCCAACCAGACCUGGACCCACGCACACACACCAGCCUGCCCACGGACAAGGUCUUGGCGCUCCUCUUGGUGCAGUGUGGGCGGAGCAUAGUGCGCUUCCAUGAACACGAUUCGCUAUUGGACCACAGAGUAGAGGAGGAGCUUAGUGUGGAAGAGAGAAAAGCAGCAUGGGAAGAGUACCAAGCAGAGGAGACGGCCUCCAUAAAGGGUGCCAAUGAGCUGGGCACUCCCGCCAGCUUGUGGAGGAAAUCCAAUAAGGAACUGGAGGCCAUGCUAAAGAAGGGUCGUAUUGAACUUCAGACAGCUUUACAUAGCAUUGAGUCUGGAGCCUGGAGACAGAAUCUGAGUGUGGAGUUCUUCUUACAUGAAGCGAGGAAACAUAACCCUUUGUUGGAUAAGGAUCAUCUGAAGACUCUGGCUGUCCAGAAUAAAGUGCAGUAUGACCGAGAGAGGAAACACAGGAUCGAGAAGUACCAACAGAAGCUACAGGAUCAACAAAAGCUGAUCCUCCACAUACAGCAGGUACUGGCCACAAGAACAGCUCACACCUCUUCCAGUGUGCAUAGCAACAACAACAGAGCUCCUCCCACCACACCGGAGGGCAGGGCUUUCUCUCCUCCUCACCAUGUCCUGAGAGACCACUCCCACAUGCUCAGCCAGCCACAGCAGGCCUUCGCCCACACAGCAUGGCUUGUACCAGCUGAGCAGUGCUCGGCCCCGAGCCUCCAGCCUGGCCACGGAGCCCUGCAGUAAACAGGAGGACUUUGUUUCAAUAUCAUAACAAAACACCAAAUACAGCAGCUUGUACACAAUGUUGGGACAGUGUUAGCUUUCACGGUAACUGUUAAUAUUCAUUGAAUCGUAACUGCAUUAGCAUUUUUGGAUAAUUUCUUCACAUUCAGUCUAAUGCUAAAAAGCAGGUUCCAGUUUUAUGGUUCUUGCUGUUGCCUGUAAGUUUUCAGUGUUCACUCUCAUGUCAUGCCUCAAACUUAGAGAAGAAUCAAGAAAAUUGUUCAACCAAACAAUUACGUCACCCACCAGUCGUUUGGUGGCUUUUAUAAAAGUGUAAAUCAACAGAUUUUUCUUUGCUAUGAUUAAUUCAUUUUGCAGCCCCUGUGCUGCUGUGUAACUCCACAUGAAGUUAUUUCACACGUCUGGCCUGCAAGGGUUGUCUACCUCACAGAGGACAUAGGAAUGUAAACCCCAGCCAGUGGAGUGUUGUGAGCACCGCAACUGUGCAAGGGUCUAGUGCCAAGAGUCACGACCACAGAAACACUUGAGCAAAGAUUUUUUUGUAGUUGAGAGAGACGAACAAUAAAGACCAAAUGUUUUGCGUCUUGUUUUCGCCA